AUGGUCACCACUCGGCAGGUGAUGGAUGUGAUCCUCCGAGGAGGCGACUACAAGUCCCUUCUCGAGAGACUCCGAAGUCAGUCAGGGUACUCGAUCCACGGCAUGAACAAACUCAAUAAUCAUUGGAUGGUUCUUCUUGAGUCGGUCGCCAAAGCUCUCUACUACGGGGAGCCUGAUCGCGACGCCACCCGUACAGCUUUCGAGGCUCUCCAAGAGUGCAAAGCAGACGUCCCCCGGUGCAUCGAAAAUGCGCUUCUGAACAAGAGGCCCCUCAUCUGCAAGCCUUUGCUCGAGAACUUGAAGUUUGAUGAGGAUGAAGAAGAAGAAGCAAUGGUGGAGCUCUUGAGGACCAUCGUGGUAUGCUGCGACCCGGGUGGCGACGGCAACGACGAAAUCGACCGCGCACUCCAAUGCCUCGUCGACAACGACCUCAACGUCGAGAAGCCACUGUCCGCGGCAAUGAGAAGCGUGAACAUGGUUGCCGUAAACGCGCUCUUGAGGUUGGGUGUUGGCCUGAACGACCCCUGUGAUGACUAUGUCGCGUUCGCGUGUUGUGACGAGGGCGGAGACACGGCGAAGCUUCUCAUCGGGCACGGGUAUGACGUCAACAUCGAUUCCGAGUCGAAUGGUACCGCCCUUCAUGCCGCAGCGAUAAAUGCGGUCUCAGUAAAUAAGACCAAGUGUCUAGAGCUCUUUAUGAAGGCGGGCGCUAAGGAGCGGUCAGUCCCAUGCGCUUUUUCCCCUGGAGUUGGUGCUGGAGUGUUUGGUCUGUUUUCUGCCUCCAAAGAAGAGUUAACUCCGUCGCAGUGCAUUAAGAAGUUUGCUGAGGACAGGAUCACCAGCGGAGACCCCCCUAGCGACGGUGCUCUCGAGCGCGCCCUCCACGUUCUUGCGACUGUACGGUCCGGGGACAAAGAGACCGGGGGGCCGGUCGGGUAA